UACAACGUAGCUUACAAUGUUGCGGUGGACCGUGGCGCCCAUGUCACCAAAUCCAUUUUCAGAAUCGAUUCGCAUGUAGGAAACUUUGCACACGAGGGAUGAUCAUUCUCGCUGCUAUACUAGCACUUCUUGACAGCAGGCUAUAUGCAAAGUUCCGCGCGGUAAGCAAUGAGUGGCAUGUAUUCCAGGAACUGACCAUGCAACUCUAAGCAUCCAUCAAAGUAACUGCUCAUACGUCCCGGAAUAACCGUGAUUCCAUUACCCAAUAUCAAUGUUCCACAUGCUCGCGCCACCGAUGAGUACAUGUACCUGUAACAGAUAAAGCCAGCCGCAUUAGGCCGCCAACUUUGUAUUCCCUGCUCCCAUCACAAUGGCAUUCCAGCCUGCAGCUGUCGAAGGUGGUCAUGAUCCUCGCGUCCACCUCUCAGAGAAGGAAGAGCAUGAUGCCUAUAUCCCCAGCAACAUGCUUCUUCCUGAUGGUACCAUGCCAAAUAUCGAGACGUACAUGUACUUCGCGAAGAUUCAGCGUGACAGGGAGGCCCUCUCUGCCAAGAAUGAUGCUGAGGGUGGCAAUUGGAUCUCGAGAACAUUCAAGCGUUCCCAAGAAUCUGAUCACCAUUCCGUUGUAUCAGCCCCGGACCCUGAUGAGAAGAGGGGAGCUGCUUCUACAGAGGAGGGGGGCGGCUCUCUAGUCACCCCAGGCGAGUACCGUGCAGCUUCUGGCGCUCUUAGGACCGCCACCUGGGGAAGUGUAUUCUAUCUUAUUACGACCGAUAUUCUGGGCCCAUACUCUACUCCGUGGGCGUUCCAACAAGUCGGAUAUGGUCCCGGUGUUGCCUGUUUCUUUGUCUUCGGUAUCAUGGCAGCAUACAGUGGAUUCCUCCUGUGGUGGAUGUUCUUGAAACUUGACUCGGAUCGGUAUCCUAUCAGAUCUUUCGGUGAUUUAGGGCAACGCAUAUACGGUCGUUGGUUCCGGCAUGUUUGUAACAUCUUGCAAAGUUUACAGCUCGUGUUCAACGUCGGUCUCAUUAUUCUUGGUAAUGGCCAAGGUCUGUCGCAAAUGGCAAAGUUCAAACUAUGCUUCAGCGUCUGCAAUGUUGUUUGGACCCUCGCUGGAAUGAUCCUUGGUCAAAUUCGAACUCUUCAGAAGUUUGGCUCGAUCGCCAAUCUCGCUAUCUGGAUGAACAUCAUCACCUUGAUUUUGACGAUGGCCUCUGUGGCUAACUCGGCUCCCAAUUAUACUGCAAUACCGUUCGAUGGCCCUGUGCAAACCUAUGCAAUUUACAUACAGCCUUUCCAAGCCCAGCUCAAUGGUAUCAUGCAGAUUGUAUUCUCAUACGGUGGAGCAAUGAUUUUCGUCGAAUUCAUGGCUGAAAUGCGCCGCCCGAUGGAUUUCUGGAAGGCUAUGGCGUAUUCCCAGCUCUUCAUCUUCGUCGUAUACAUGUUCUUUGGCCUCUUCGUGUACACAUAUCAAGGCCAAUAUGUCGUUAACCCGGCCAACCAGGGGAUUUCCGGAUAUGCUCUACAGACUGCGACGAAUGCCAUUUCUUUGACCGCUGGUCUCAUUGCUGCUGCAUUGUACGGCAACAUCGGUGUCAAAGUCAUCUACAACAACAUCUUGGUGGAGAUGUUUGGUUUCCCCGAGUUGACUGCGACUCGGGGUAAAUACUACUUCUCCAUCGCCAUCAUAGCGUAUUGGUCCGUUGCCUUCGCUAUUGGUUCCGCUGUCCCGCAGUUCAGCAACAUCUCAUCGCUGGUUGCUGCCGUCUGCAUCUUCCAAUUUACAUACACCUUCCCACCAUUCAUGAUCUUGGGUUACUGCAUGCAAGUGGACGCCACAAAAGGCGACAGAGAAUUUGACAUCAACAACCCCCACGCCCACCGUGUUGAUACCUGGAAACAGCCAUCGCGUUGGAUACGUGCAUUCUUCACCAAAAAUGCUUACUUCAACGUGUGGAACUUCCUUCUCGCGCUCGCAUGCUUGUCCUGCGCUAUUCUGAGCGGAUACUCUGCCAUCAAGACGAUCGUGACUGCGUUCCAAACCUCGGCUUCCACGGCGUUUGGCUGCAAGUCGCCUUUGGAUAACAGCGGCUAAGACAUGAAUACUGAAUGUUGACGCGUUGUGGUUAUG